AUGAAUAACCCAAAAGAUAAAACUCAGAAUAUGCCUUCGGAAGAGAUGUUAUUAAACAUGAUUCCAGUUAUUUAACAAUUAGUAGAAGAAUUUACAAGAAAUACAAAAAAUUAGGGAUCGGUAGUUUUGUUUGUUGGAUCAACUGGUUCUGGGAAAAGUACAACCUUCAAUUUCCUAAGUGGAGGAGAAUUUAAACUUGAUCAUAAUGAAGAAUUGGAAUUAAAGAAUCCUUCAAAUAUCUUUUCUAAAAUGAAUGCUGGAGCGAUAUCUGUUACAAAAGAACCAAAUUUUUUUUACAAUAAGAAUAAUAAUCAUCUCAUUAUUGAUUUUCCAGGAUUUUUGGACACAAAUGGGGAUUUCGAUCAAUUAUUAAUUGAACUUUUAUUUAAUAAGAUUGUGUCUUUAGGUGCAUUAAAAGUUAUCUAUGUUAUAAAUAAUCCUCAAAAUACCCUUCAAAACAGAGGGGCUGACCUUUAAGAAUUUAUUAGAUAAAUGGAUAAUCCAAAAAUCAAUCUAAUCUUAAAUUGUUAUAUGGCUAAAUGGCCUGAUGAUAAAUUAAGAAAUAAAAUAAAAGAAGAUUUAGAAAGUGUUAAAUCAAUAGAAAAAGAUAAGCCUAACUUAAUAUCAUUAAUUGAUAAGAUUCUUGUAAAAAGAAGAGCUGCUCAUUAAGAAGAUUUAGAUAUAUUCUUUAGUGAUGAAUAACGAAACAUCUUUUGGAAUGAAAUUGAAGAAUUGACUAAAACUCAAAUCAAACCUAGAAAAAUACCUAAAAGUCAAAUCAUUAGUCAAUAUAUCCUCUCUAAAGCUACAACCAUUAUUCAACAAUAUGGAAAAUCACUUACAUAUAUUUUCAAUUCAGACGAGCAUCAUUAAGAUGAAAAAUACGAUUCAUAACUGCAUCAAUAAUUGGUACAAUUUCAGAGUUUAUUGAAUAAUUAAAAUAAUUACUCGCCCUCUUAAUGGUUUUUAAACUUUAUACAAAUAUGUGAAGUAUUGACAUAGGAUAAACAUAAAUCAAGUAGUAAUGAUUUUUUAAAAAUAUUCUAAUAUUUUGAAUAAUUCGCUUAAUUCAUAGAUGGAUAUUAGUAGUUGGAAAACAUAAACCAAUUAGCUUAAUAAAAUUUAGAAUCAGUGUAAAAAUUAUUUAAUAGCAGAAUAGAGUAUCAAGAAAAAAUUAAAAAGGCAGAGGAGGAAAAAAGAAGAGCAGAAGAAGAAAAAAGAUAAGCUGAAGAAGAUAAAAGAAAAGCUGAAGAAGAAAAAAGAAGAGCUGAAGAAGAUAAAAGAAAAGCUGAAGAAGAAAAAAGAUAAGCUGAAGAAGAUAAAAGAAAAACCGAAAUAGAGAAUCUUAAAAUACAACAUUAAGUAGAAAUAGAAAAAAUGAAAUAAGAAACUGUUAGGCUAUAAAUGGAAAAUUUAGAAAAAGAAAAAUAACAAAUGAUAUUGAAGCAUGAUUUAGAAUAAAAAAACCUAAGACUAUAAAUAGAAAAUGCUAAUAAUUCUGCUAAUCUGAUGAAUUACUAGAGCCGACAAAAUUGUGGAUCACAUUUAGCUUCUCGCAAUUGUAAACCAAAAAAAAAAGAUAAAAAUGGCAAACCUGCCAAAACUGGUAAAAAGACAACUAGCAAAACAACUUAAUAGAAAUAAAAUUAGGCCACAAAAAGAAAAUUAAAAUGAGG